AUGCGUUUCCUGGAGAAAUACUUUCCUGGCAUCGCUAAACAAGACAAGGAAGCUGAGUUCCUUGCACAGCAGCAGGGAGAUAUGACGGUGCAAGAAUAUGUGAACAGGUUUGAGCACCUGGCGAGGUAUUACUCGCAAGCCAUUACUGAAGAAUGGAGAUGUUUAAAGUUUGAGCGAGGACUCAGACAUGAGCUGAAGAGGGUGGUAACACCGUUGCGAGAGAGAAGAUUCCCAAUCUUGGUGGAACAGGCCAAGAGUGCUGAGCACCUGGAGAAGGGCCUUGGCCCAGUUAUGAGUAGACACCAGAGGAAUGUCGUAGACGCGCGACAAAUGAAGAAGCCGUAUAGCCGGCCACAGACGUCUCAGGGUCCUACUUGUUACCAGUAUGGAGGACCCCAUUUGAAAAGAAAUUGUCCACAGCUGACCAGCGGGGUAGGAGGAUCCAGUGAUCGUCACAAGUGCUUCAUAUGCGACAAACUAGGUCAUUUUGCGAACAAUUGCCCUGAGAAGAAGAGCCUUGGUGCGAAGAAACCAAAAGUAGCGUCGCCAGCAGAACGAGCUCGGGCCGUUGGGAGAGUUUUUGCCAUGACAUCUACUGAGGCGACUCAGUCAGGUAACUGGAUAUUGCAACCUUGUUUACUUAUGGGGCAUGAUGUCUUAGUUUUAUUUUAUUCUGGCGCAUCUCAUUCCUUUAUCUCUAAUGCUUGUGUGGGACGAUUGAGUCUGGUGACACGUGACUUGGGGUGUGAGUUGCUUGUUUCAACUCCUUCCUUGGGCCAGGUAGCUACCAGUUCAGUCUAUGUUGGGUGUUCAAUGGUGGUGGCAGGUCACAGAUACAAGGUGAACUUGGUGUGCUUGCCCUUGGAGGGAAUGGAUGUGAUAUUGGGAAUGGACUGGUUGUCUAACAAUCACAUCAUAAUUGAUUGUGGACGGCGCAAUUUGGUAUUCCCAGAACAUGAAGGGUUGGAAUUGAUAUCAUCUCGGAAGCUGCGAAAGCGUUACAAGACGGGGCUGUAUGAAGUGCCAGGGUUGCCGCCGGGUCGAGAAAUUGACUUCACCAUUGACCUCAUUCCUGGUGCAGGUCCAGUGUCUAUGGCUCCAUACAGAAUGGCACCGGCUGAGCUUGUAGAACACAAGAAGCAAAUUGAAGAGUACUGGAGAAGCAAUUCAUUCACCAAGCGCGUCGCCUUGGGGAGCUCCAAUCUUGUUAGUGAAGAAGAAGGAUGGGAGCUCACGACUAUGUGUGGAUUAUAG